GCAAGGUUAGUGUGUUUGGAGAGUGCAGCUUCCCCGGAGGAAAAGGUCCUCGAGAAGUGUCCAGAAUUUACUUUUUCUUUUCCUUCUCUGACUCUUGGAUGUUUGUAAAAUGUCCAGGUUUCAGGGUCUUUCAGUUUUUCCUGUGGUGAUGGAACAGCUUGCAGUGAGUAAACUUGAGGUUUCCCCUGGGCAGUAGAGGAGCUCCACGAUGAACAGGGAGAUUACUGAGUCUCCACACCUCAAAGAGGAACCAGAAGAACUGCAUAUUAGUCAGGAGGGAGAGCAGCAUCACUGGCCAGAGAAUGCUGACAUGAUCAAGUUGACUUUUGUUCCUGUCCCUGUGAAGAUUGAAGAGGAUGAGGAGAAACCUCAGUCCUCACUGAUUAAUCAGCGACAGUCUGAACAGAUGGAAACAGGAGCUGAUGGAGAGGACUGUGGGGGACCAGGACAAGACAGGCACUUUGAUUCAGAGAGAGAUUUACAGCCAGAGAGCAAAGUCGAGAGUGAGGACUCCUCUGAGGCUGAGACUGAUGACAGUGCUGACUGGAAAGAGACAUUUAGGCAUCAGUCAGCUUUAAAUUCUGUGAAAAACAUAAAAAAUAAGAGAAGGAGGACUGCUAAGACAUCACAUUGCUGUUCUGAGUGUGGUAAAAUAUUUAACCAGGCAGGUCAUCUUAGAGCACAUAUAAGAAUUCACACAGGAGAGAAACCCUUUGGCUGCUCAGGGUGUGAUAAAAGAUUUUCCUCUCAAGGACAUUUGACCAGACACAUGAAAAUACACUUAGGAGAGAAACCCUUUUGCUGCUCUGAGUGUGGUAAAAAAUUUUCCAGUCAAGCAAGUUUGACCAGUCACAUGAGGAUUCACACCGGAGAGAAAACCUUUGAGUGCUCCGAGUGUGGUCAAAGAUUUUUCCAUCAAGAAAGUUUGACCAAACACAUGAGAAUACACUUAGGAGAGAAAAACUUUUCCUGCUCUGUGUGUGGUAAAAGAUUUUACGAACAGCAUCAAGUAACAUAUCAUAUGAGAACUCACAAUGGAGAGAAACCCUUCAGCUGCUUUGAGUGUGGUAAAAGUUUUAGCUUUGUAGGUAAUUUGAACAAACACAGGCGGAUUCACACAGGAGAGAAACCCUUCAGCUGCUGUGAAUGUGGUAAAAGAUUUAACCAAAAUGGAUCGCUGAACAGACACAUGGUGCUUCACACCAGUCAGAAAGUCAUCAGCUCCACUGAGUGCAGUAAGGAAUUAAACCUGAACGAUCAAGUCAAGAAUGAGCAGAGAACCCACACUGCAGAGAAACACUUCAGCUGCUCUGAGUGUGGUAAAUUUUUUUCUAAAAAAUAUUAUUUGACCAAACACAAGAGAAUUCAUGCAGGAGAGAAACCCUUUGCCUGCUCAGACUGUGGUGAAAGAUUUAGCCUUACAUGUACUUUAAAUAAACACAGGAGAGUACAUACAGGAGAGAAACCCUAUCACUGCUAUGAUUGUGGUCAGAGAUUUAGCCAUGAAAGUACUUUGACCAGACACAGGAGAAUUCAUUCAGGAGAGAAACCCUUUGACUGCUCUGAGUGUGGUCAAAGAUUUACCCAAAGAGUAACUCUGACAAGACAUAUGCUGAUUCACACUAGACAGAAACCCCUUCAGAUCAAGUGCAAUGAGUAUCUGGCCUCAGAACCAAACUGAGUAGCAAAAGGAGUCAGAAACAGAAACUGAUGAAGAGGACUGUGGAAGAUCAGAACCAGCAAGCAAAUUGGCUCCAUGAAGACAUUUACAACCAGAGACUUAGGUCAAGACUGGUGAUAACAAAGACUGUGAUGAUGAUUGUAAAGAGACCAGAGAACAUUGGUAAUAUUUUAAGUCUAAGAUCUUAUAAAUAUUUUUUACUUAUAUGAAAUGUAACACCGUUGAGACUUCACUCUAAAUCUCAGCGAGAGAACAACAAUCCUGCAAUACUUCAAUGUUGUAGCCUUAACAGUUAAAAAACACAUUCAUGCUCAAAUUUUAAGAUUUUUUUUUAAUCUCACCCUUUCAAUCCAUAUCAGAAAAAAAUGUGAUAUUUGGUAUUUUACGCAAAAAAAAAAAGUGAUGAACUCUGUAAAAUUUUUAUUCUGUGUUUGACAAUUUUUUUCACACACAAAAGUAGAGCCUUAAAAUCAUCCCUGAUUUUUGACUGAAAUAAAGUUGAUUUAAAAUCUUUACAUUUAAAAUGGUACAAAAACAUUUUGACAGUAUAAAAGACUUGUCCACUGACGGUGAAAAUUUGAUAUAAAAAUUCAUUAUUUUAACUAUGUAAGUGUGUAUUUUUCAUAUGAAAUUGUAUAUUCCUUUGUUAUCAUUUUGUUUAACUCUACCCCCCUUGUAUCAUAGAUGUAUGUUGACCUAUUCUAUGAAACUACAUAUCAGUCAUACCAGGGGUUCUCAAACUUUUCAGGGCUAGGGACCCCUUACAGGGCAGAUAAUUUUCCAA